UCCAGGAUGAGGACGUUCACCUUCCUUCUUCUACUGACCUAUUUCUGGUCAGUGACGUCACUCAGCCAAGUGAAGAAAAUCCGUGAGAAGCGGGACGAAGUUCUGAUUCGGACCAAGAGGCGAUGGGUGUUAUCUACCAUCAAUCUGCUGGAGGGGGGAACCGGGCCCUUCCCUACAGUUGUUACAAAGCUGUUUAACGAUAAGCAGGGGAUCCGCUCGGUCCGGUUCCGGAUCAGCGGGCAGGGCGUGACCAAGGACCCCGUCGAUGUUUUUUCUAUCAACGAGAUGGACGGAACCGUCUACGCUCUCAAACCCAUCGACCGAGAACAGAACCCCAGCUUCCUGGUGGAUUUUGACGUGGAGGACCGAGUGACCGGUGAAGUUCUGGACAAAACUCUGGCCUUCAACGUGGCCAUAAUGGACAUCAACGAUAAUCCACCUGUCUUCACUCCUCCUGUAUUUAAGGCGCUGGUUCAUGAGAACAUCGCGGAAGGGAUCCUCCCCGUCUCUCUGGUGGCGAGCGACAUCGAUGAGACGAACAACGACAACUCUCGCAUCACCAUGAGGAUGCUGUCUCAGGAGCCGGCCACGCCCGUCAUCACCCUGAGAAUGCUCCAUAAUACCACGCACAGCAACGUCAUCUCGCAGCUCGUCUUCAAAGGCUGCUUCAGCCGCGAGAAAUCGAGCUUGUAUACGGUUCUGGUUGAAGCCAAAGAUCACGGCACGCCGUCACUGUCGUCCACCGCCACCGUCAGUCUGAUCAUCACCGACUCCAACACACACCCGCCGGUCUUCAACACUACCAAGUACAACACUCAGGUGAUGGAGAUGGAAGUGGAUAAAGAGAUUCUGAGGAUGGGGGUGAAGGAUUCGGACGCGCCCAACACCCCGGCAUGGAGAGCGGUCUACACCAUCCUGAUGGGGAACGAGGAGGGAAACUACAGGAUCGUAACCGACCCCAAAACCAACGAAGGAGUUCUGUCUGUCAUCAAGGGUAAGAACUACGAGAAGAGCACUCAGCACGUCCUGAAGAUCGGCGUGGAGAACGAGGACCCGCUGUUCUCCUGCGUGGACGGGAAGCGGACCAGUCCCAACGUCCUCCUGGUCAGAGACGAAAACGCCGUCACGGUUACGGUGGACGUGAACGACGUGAACGACCCCCCGGUGUACGAGAACAAGAUGAUGACGGUGUUCAGGAUGGAGGAGGGCGACGUGGGGGACGUGCUGUACGUCCCCAAAAUCACAGACGAGGAUUCAGAAGUGAAGGGGAUCAGGUACGAGUUAGCAGAAGAUGUAGCUAAGUGGUUGUCCAUCGACCCAAAGACGGGACAGAUCACCACGGUGAAGAAGAUGGACCGCGAGUCUCCGUACGUGAAAAAUGGGACCUACACCGUGAUGCUGAGAGCCAUCGACGACGGGCAGCCUCCUGCCACGGGGACGGGCACGCUGGUCAUUCACCUGGGAGACAAGAACGAUAACGGCCCCCGUCUGACCUCCAACAUCUCGGUGCUGUGCGGGAACAAGGCGGACCGGGUGACGGUGAUGUCGCAGGACGCCGACGCUCAUCCGUUCGGACCGCCGUUCACCUUCACGCUCAACAGCGACAGUAAAGAACUUCAGAGCCAGUGGAAGUUCCAACCUAAAACGGGACCCGAGACCUCUCUGAUCAGCCUGCAGACGCUCCCGUACGGGAACUACUCCGUCCCCAUGGCGGUGGCAGACCAGCAGGGGUUUCAGUCGGAGGAUGUUUUUCUGGUGGUGGUGUGUGACUGCGGGGACAAAGACGUGUGUCGGGGCCCGCUACACCGGGCCUCCAACCUGGGCGGCGCAGCCGUCGGAGUUCUGCUGGCGUCGCUGCUCUUAUUACUCUUGCUGCUCUGCUUCUGUUUCGUCUGUCAGUGUGGAGAGACAAAGAACUUCCAGCUGAACCUGCAGAAUGAGGUGAACCAAACCCUCAUGAGAUACAACGAUGAGGCCAAUGGCACUGAGGGUCAACCCCCCAUGUUCAACCAGUUCAGCAUGAUUGGAGGCCAGAAGAUGGAGAACACGGAGCAGAUUUUGGCAGGACCCCACAUGAUGCAUCAGACCCUGCAGAGGGCAGGAUCCAUCCCGGCAGGACCCCACAUGAUGCAUCAGACCCUGCAGAGAGCAGGAUCCAUCCCGCUGACGAUGAUUUCUAACGGCUGUAGAGAGACGAUGGACACGGUACAAACUCUGGGUAAAUCUCAGGCCUGGAACACAAACAGAACCAACUCAGUAACCGUGGGCAGGCAAAGAUUAAACUCACGAAGCCUGCUGUCUGACUGGAACCUGGAGGAGCACAUCAUACAGAAGCUGUAUGAACUUGCUGAGAAACAGCUGGAUUUCCCUGAGUACCACCCCCAGGAUUACAGCUGUGAGGGGAUGAGCAGUGAGUGCGCCCUGGACCAGCUUUCCUUCAGCAGCGGCAUAGACGACCUCCAGGGUCUGAAACAGUUGGGGCCCAAGUUUCAGACCCUGGAGGAGAUCUGUCAGGAGGCCCUGCAGGAGAGGAACGUGAAGUUGUGAUUCAGCUGUCUGGACGUUUGAGGGGUGAAUGUUCGACACUCUUUGAGUUUUGGAUUAUUUUCAUGGUUUUGGGGCUUUUCAGGAUUUUUUUUGUUAA